CAUUGCGCGCACGCCUAACCCCCCCGACCCGCCCACCCCCACCCUGAGCUCCUGAAGGAGGGGCCUGACCGGUCUCAGAUUUGGGAAGCAGCCCGCCUCCAGCGGGGAAAGAUGGCGGCCAGGAACAUCGGGCGCCUCGUGGCGAAGUCCUGCGCGCUCUUCCUGUGCGACAUGCAGGAGAAGUUCCGUCCGACCGUGGCAUAUUUCCCCCAGAUCGUCUCCGUCGCUGCCAGGAUGCUGCAGGCUGCCAAAGUCCUGGACAUCCCUGUCAUCAUAACGGAACAGUACCCGCAGGGACUGGGUCGCACAGUGCCGGAGCUUGGAGCCGAAGGCAUGAGGAAAUUCGAGAAGACCAGCUUCAGCAUGCUGACCCCGGAGGUAGAAGCCGAACUGGGCUCCCUGCCCAGACUGGACUCGGUCGUUCUGUGUGGCAUCGAGACCCAGGCCUGCAUCAUGGUCAGUGUCUUCAG